AUGGCCUUUGGAAAUUCACCACUCCAUGGCCUCCUGUCUUUCCUCUUUCUCAUCUCCUGCUCCUCUCUCCAUCAUGGCGUUACCGCAAUCACCGUCACAACAACCUCUAUCCACCUCGAUGUCAUUCGAAAGCCUGCCCCUGAUGUCCCUAUAUUCAGAGAAGCCCCCGCUUUUCGCAACGGAGACACAUGCAACAAAGAAAGCAUCCACAUUUCCAUGACAUUGGACUCAAAUUAUCUCAGAGGAACCAUGGCUGCUGUCCUUUCCAUUCUGCAACAUUCAACAUGUCCUGAAAAUGUUGAGUUUCAUUUCCUUUGGGCAAGGUUUGAGCCUCAGGUUUUCCUAAGCAUAAGAUCAACCUUCCCGUACCUCAAAUUCAAGAUUUAUCGCUUUGAAUCCAAUAGGGUACGCGGUAAAAUAUCGAAAUCGAUUCGUCAAGCAUUGGAUCAACCUCUUAACUAUGCGAGGAUAUACCUUUCCGAUAUUCUCCCUCUUUAUGUCAAGCGAGUUAUAUACCUUGAUUCUGAUAUUGUUGUUGUUGACGACAUUGCAAAGCUAUGGCAGGUUGACUUGCAGGGCAAGGUAUUAGCUGCACCAGAAUAUUGUCACGCGAAUUUCACAGAGUAUUUCACAGAUUUGUUUUGGAAUGAUGUUGAGCUAUCCCGUACUUUUGACGGUCGGAAACCGUGUUAUUUUAACACGGGGGUGAUGGUUAUGGAUGUGGAGAAAUGGAGAGAAGGUAGGUAUACACAAAAGGUGGAGCAAUGGAUGUCAGUGCAGAAACGAAAGAGAAUAUAUGAGUUAGGAUCUUUGCCACCUUUUCUCUUGGUUUUGGCCGGGGAUUUGAAGAGUGUGGAUCAUAGAUGGAAUCAACAUGGACUUGGGGGUGAUAACCUUGAAGGAAAAUGUAGAAGUUUGCAUCCUGGUUCUAUUAGUUUGCUUCAUUGGAGUGGUAAAGGAAAGCCAUGGUUGAGAUUGGAUUCAAGGAGACCUUGUUCUGUUGAUCAUCUAUGGGCACCUUAUGAUCUCUAUCGUCCAAAUACUCAUUCUUUGGAAGAAUGA